AUUUUAGUGAUCUGUAGAUUAAAAAAUUUAUUAAAAUUAAUGAAAACAAGGAAUUCUUAGAGAUAGUAUUAAAGAGAAGACUUAUCAGUGACUUGUUAAGAGGUAUUAACAAUAAUUUCUCAUAUAAUCUCAUACCUUAUAUAUUCACUAUUUUUAAGCCUUAUUUUAGAAUUUAUCUAUGAGUGAAUUUCCCCUUAAUAGUAGUGCUUAGACUCCAAGAAAGAAAAGAGGACCAAUCUGUAAGAAACACAAAUAUGUACUUCUGUUAUUUAAAUAAAGACCACAAUAAAUUUGAAAAAACAUAAAUCCUCGAAAUAAUUUAUCUGCUAUGAAGAUAGAGAUUUAAAUAUUCCAGAGAAAUAUUAAUCAAUGUUAUAAAAACAUGUAAGAAUUAUAUUUAAAAAAUAAAGAAAUCAGAUGAUGAUAGAGAUUCUGAUGAUGAAUAAAUAAAACAUGCCAUUAAUUACUUGUACAAAGACUUAUUAUAAUGUAUUGAAAGAGAAAAGAAUUGA